CCGACACAGUGCAGUCAUGAAGAUCUUGAUCUUCUUUGUCUUCACCAUCUUUUGGAGCUUUGGAGAAUGUAGCCACCCUCACCCACUUGACCCUCCAACCCCUUCCGAGCUCAACCUUGUCCGAACCAUAGUCCAAAAAGCAUACCCGAGCAACAUCACCUUUCAAUAUGUAGGGUUGGAAGAGCCAGACAAGUCCACUAUCCUCUCAUGGCUAUCCUUAAACUCAAAGACCAAAACCAAAACCAAAACCAAAACCUUACCACCGCGUCAAUUCUAUGUCGUGUCCCGCUACCAUAAACAGUCCCUGGAGAUGAUAGUGGACUUGAGAACACGAUCCAUCAUCGGAAGCAAAGUGGACGAAGGGCAUGGGUACCCUAUGCUAACCUUGGACGAACAAACCGCUGCGUCAGAGCUUCCAUUCUUGUAUGGACCAUUUAGGGAAUCGGUGAAGAAGAGGGGUCUGAACUUGUCUGAGGUUAUAUGUUCUGACUUCACGGUUGGUUGGUAUGGAGAAGGGAAGACAAACAGGAUUUUGAAGAUUAAGUGCUAUUACACUAAUGGGACUGUUAAUUUGUAUGCGAGACCAUUGGAGGGGAUAGAAGCGGUGGUUGACCUUGACCAGAUGAAGAUUAUUGAUUACACAGAUAGAUUCAUCGUUCCGUUGCCAAAAGCAGAGGGCACAGAGUACCGAGAGUCAAAGCUGAAGCCACCCUUCGGUCCUAACCUCAAGGGAAUUGCUAUGAUGCAACCGGGAGGACCUGGAUUCAAAAUCGAUGGCCACACUGUAAGUUGGGCCAACUGGGAGUUUCAUGUCGGAUUUGACAUUCGGGCUGGCCCAAUAAUUUCUCUAGCUUCAAUUUAUGAUCUCCAAAAACAGAAAUAUCGCCAGGUCCUAUACAGAGGAUUCAUAUCAGAGCUGUUUGUGCCAUACCAAGACCCAACUUUGGAAUGGUAUUACACAACCUACUUUGAUUGUGGAGAAUUUGGAUUUGGUCAAUCUGCAUCUUCACUACAGCCUUUGACCGAUUGUCCUGCCAAUGCUGCGUUCCUAGAUGCAUACUAUGCUGGCUCUGAUGGUACACCAGUUAAGAUAGCUAAUGCUUUCUGCAUAUUUGAAAGAUAUGCUGGUGAUAUCAUGUGGCGUCACACAGAAAUUGAAAUCCCAAAAGAAGUGAUAACAGAGGUCAGGCCCGAUGUAAGCUUGGUGGUAAGAAUGGUGUCAACCGUGGGCAACUACGACUAUGUUAUAGAUUGGGAAUUUAAGCCAAGUGGUAGCAUCAAGCUUGGGGUUGGGCUUACUGGGAUAUUAGAGGUUAAAGCAGGGAUAUACACUAAUACUGAUCAAAUCAAAGAGGACAUCUACGGCACAUUGCUAGCAGAUAAUACCAUUGGUGUCUACCAUGACCACUUCUUGACCUAUUAUCUUGACCUUGAUAUUGAUGGUGAAACCAACUCCUUUGUCAAGUCCAAUUUGGAGACUGUAAUAGUGAAAGAUCCCACCAUACCCAGAAAAAGUUAUUGGACGGUUAUAAGUGAAACAGCUAAAACAGAAGCUGAUGCCAGAAUUAACUUGGGGUUCAAGCCUUCUGAGCUAGUAGUGGUAAAUCCUAACAAAAAGACAAAACCAGGAAAUAAAAUUGGGUACCGUUUGCUUCCAGGCUCAGUGGUGCACCCUCUUUUGGUAACUGAUGAUUAUCCACAAAUCAGAGCUGCCUUCACUAAUUAUAAUGUGUGGGUCACACCAUACAACAAAUCUGAGAAAUGGGCCUCAGGAUUGUAUGUUGAUCGCAGCAGAGGCGAUGAUACUUUAGCUGCUUGGAGUCUCAGGGAUAGGGAGAUUGAGAACAAGGACAUAGUAUUGUGGUACACGAUGGGAUUUCAUCACGUUCCUUCCCAGGAAGAUUUUCCAAUUAUGCCAACAUUGAGUGGUGGAUUUGAGCUGAGGCCAACCAAUUUCUUUGAGAGCAACCCAGUCCUUAAAACAAAAUCACCAAAGCAUGUGUAUUGGCCUAAUUGCUCUUCUCAACAUUAGUUGGGUUUGCAUUUGUCUUAACAAUUCAUUGAGGUAUGAAGGUCCAUAUUUUCUCAAUAUUAUAUAACUAGUUCAUAAAGUGAAUGUCACUAAUCUUUCUUAAUGUUUGAUUUCGCUUGUACCAGACCUUUUUAUGUUUUAAUAAGUCAC